AUGAGCACCUUAGCUCGGCCUCGUUUCGGGCCACUGGCGGCAGUGAAGCAGGAGAAGCCGGACUCGCCAGGUCUCAAACCCGACGCCUUGACCGCGGUCCAAGAGGAUGUCUCCGACUUGCCAGUCGAGCUUCCCAGGGCGCUUCGCACAGUGGUGGAGACCUCCAUCGAGUUCCAACAGCUUAUUGACAAGCUGGUCCAGCAGCACGACCCGAAGAACUCCAGCGGCUUCCCGUUCGUUUUGAUCCCUGUACAACAGGCGAUGCUAACUGUGUCCCCUCAGGAAGCCAUGGAGCGCAUGAUGUCCCCGCUGUCGAACGCCUCGAACAUCUCGCAGUCCAGGCGACGGCAGUGCUCGACUGGGGUUCGGGUCAACGCCAACAUGAUCCUCGAAGCUUGGGAGCGGCAGGAGCACUUGCCCCCAUUGCCUUAUCUCGGCGAGGUUGAGGAGGCCAAGCGGCAAACCGCGUUGCCUGCUUCCGAGGAGUCGCAGGAUGACUCCUUGCUGCAAGUGGAGGCUCGCACACCUCAACCUGACAGAGAUUUCGGUGGUCAGUGGAUGCCGUGUGAGCAGACCUUGUCCAGCUUGUGCUUCGUUGCUGCUCUUGGCAAACUUUCUGUGGAGGGCAUGCUUGGCUUGAGUCCUGUGAGCGUCGACAUCAGCGCAGAUGCUUGGAACACCCUGCUCAGAGUUGGGGAUGGCGGCUUUGCCAUCCUGUUCCUGAUGGACUUCCUGUUGCGGGCGGCCAUACUAAGACGCAGGUUUUGGCGAAGCUGGCUGAAUUGGGUGGAUGCGGCAGUUGGUGUCAUGUGCAUCGUGGAGAUCACGUGGCUGGCGCUCGAGGGCACGACUUCUCGAGAUAUUUCCUUCGUACAUGUCUUCUUCGUUGCCAGAAUCGCUCGAGCCGGAAGGCUGAUCAAGGAGACGGUUCAAUUCACCAAUCUGCAGCUCUUGGUGAAAUGUUUGAUCGCCAGCAAGGGUAUGUUGACCUGGUCCUUUAUGCUGCUCGCCGUGUUCCAGUUCAUGGCCGCAAUAUUCCUCGGCUUGCUUGUGGAGCACUACCUCUUGCACGAUGGUGCAGCUCCGGUGCAAGCGAAAGAAGAAGUAUUCAGAUAUUAUGGCACGUUCACUCGUACUUAUUUGACGACCUUUGAAAUAAUGUUCGCAAACUGGGCCCCGUCGUGUCGCAUUCUCGUAGACAAUAUCAGCGAGUGGUUCACCGUCUUCUUCCUGGUCUACCGCUGCAUUUUUGGCUUCGCUGUGCUGAACGUCGUGUCUGCAGUGUUCAUUCAGCAAACGAUGAAGACAGCUUCGUCUGAUGAAGAGCUUGCUUUCCGUCAGAAGGAGAAGGACAUCAUGCUCUACAAUCGCAAGGUGAAGAAGCUCUUCCAGUCGAUCGACAGUUCGGGAGACGGCAACAUCAACUUGGAGGAGUUUGAGAAAUUGGUCCAGUCACCGAAGCUGCGCUUCUGGAUGGCACAGCUGGAGCUGGAGUACCAUGACUUGAUGAGCCUCUUCGAGUUUCUGGACAACGGAGAUGGCAACAUCACGCUGGCCGAGUUCAUUGAGGGUGCUGGGCGUCUGCGUGGGACCGCCAAGGCUUUGGACAUUUGGCGCAUGGAAACGAAGAUUGAGGUGCUUUUCGAAGAGGUGUUGAAGAUGCUGUCCAC